GACACACAAUACAGCCCCCGGAUCAAGAGGAGAGGAAACACCUAACCCCCUCUGCGAUUUCCUCCCCCCCUCCGCCUUUUUUUCCCUACGACACCUUUUGGCUUAUUUAUGCACUUUCCAACCUUUUUUUUUUUAACGUGACAAGAAAGUCGAUAAAAAAUGGUCCUUUUGUUUUGAGCGCUCUGAACACACACACUCGCCUCGCUCUGCUCCGGCAGCCUAUGUCUGUGCGUCUUCGCGCAUCUUUGCAUUAUUAUCCCCCCACGUAUCGCUUCGCAGUAAUGUGCCGUUACACGGUCGCAGGCUGGUAGCAUCUUGGGAGCUCUUCUCAACAGGAACCUGCACUGGAGAAGAUAAACCAGGAUGGUAACACACUGUUCGUAACCAGCUCCAGUUCGACAAAGGCCACUGUAACCUCACUCUCUUCUCCUGAACAUUGACAACCAUUCCUCAGCCAUGGCUAACAUAAACAAUGCGCUUUGCAUUGAAAACGGACAGAACGCAGAUGUGUCUCUCUUACAAAAGGAUAAUCUUCAGGAUGGUGGAUUAAGCCAGCUUUUGGAUUAUAACGCAGAAAUGGAAAGGUACAGGUCUUUUGCAAACUUUUAUAAAACCAAUGGGGCAUUUCCACAGACUGCUAAGAUUGCCCGCAUCACAACGCCCAUUUUUCCCAGUGCUAGAAUUGGCAUGUCCCCUUGGAACUGCGAUAACGCCAUGCUCUGGGGAAGGAAAUCAGCGGCAAUAAACCCUAAUAGGACCAGCAUGCAUAGAAAUGACUCCCAGAGGCCGGGGAAGCCUGGCGUGCCGCCAGAGACGCUGCAAAUGGCAAAUAAUAAUUUCCUCUCUACCUUAUCCCCCGAACACUGCAGACCUUUAGCAGGAGAAUGCAUGAACAAGCUGAAAUGCGGCGCUGCUGAAGCAGAGAUAAUGAAUCUCCCAGAACGCGUUGGAACUUUUUCCGCUAUCCCGGCUUUAGGGGGCAUCUCAUUACCUCCCGGGGUCAUCGUCAUGACAGCCCUUCACUCCCCCGCAGCCUCAGCAGCCGUUACAGACAGUGCGUUUCAAAUUGCCAAUCUGGCAGACUGCCCACAGAAUAAUUCCUCGGUAUCCAGUGGAAACCCAGCGAAGAAGAAAAGGAAAAGGUGUGGGGUCUGUGCACCCUGCAGGCGGCUAAUCAACUGUGGUGUCUGCAGCAGUUGUCGGAACCGCAAAACGGGCCACCAGAUCUGCAAAUUUAGGAAAUGUGAGGAGCUGAAGAAGAAGCCAGGCUCGUCGCUGGAGAGGACGCCGGUCAACAAUGGCGAAGCUUUUCGGUGGUUCUUUUAGAGAGGCGAGCCAUGGCUGCCCCCAUCCAGCCGCAGGAGGGCAGGUGGGACUCUUGACUCUCUGCCAGGAGCACUUGAUGGGUUCAAAGAGCCCAACGCGUCCAACACACUUGGGGAGGACAAGAGAAGAAAAGUGGACAGACAAAAAGAUAAAUGAAAACAUAAUGGUGUUGUUUUAAAUCUGUAAUUUCCUUUUCUGUGUAAUUAUUGUACCUUUUGACAGUAUCAUAAUGUAUAUUUUUGGUGUCUAUGAAUGUGUUUUCAGUGUUGUGGCUGUAGGUUUACAGCCAAUCCUAUGUAAAGGACUCAAACAGACAAUCAUACAAUCAUACUGAUUCCGUCAAACCGAAGAGGCCACAAGGAUUGAUGAUAUAACAAACACAACACACUUUACUCUGGAGCAAUAAUCUAUUCUGUUGAUUAUUCUUCAAGCUUUCUUUUCUUUUGACUCUUUGAAUUACUUUAUCAAACUGAAUCAUCUUCUAGUUCUGUCUUUUAUUUCAUCCGGAAACCAUACUUUCUUAAAUGCCACGCUAAUGUUAAGACCGUCGCUGGCGGUGCGAUGUGUUGAGAACAAUGACGUGAAGGACGGCAGCGGUGCUUCUGUGACGAACUCGUUGACGUGUUUCCUCAUUUGAGUGGGCUCACUGCGGAACAGGGCACAUUGUCUUGUGUGGUGAGUUGCACUUCUUUAAAAAUCCAAUUGGGCAUCAUCUGAUUGUGACAGCAUCAGACGUUAGUGAGUCACACUGCUGUCUGGAGGUCAUAUUCUCAAGGAUGAUCUCUAAGUCCAUGUUUUUAACAAAACCAAGUGGGUCAUCAAACAUGAUUUUCUUUUUCCUCUCACUAAAGGUUGUAACUGUCUAAAAGGUAGAGAGUAAUGCCAGUAAAGGAACUGUAUGUUAUGUUGAAAACAUUCAAAUUUAGAAUUAAUUACAGUAUGCUAUACAUAUUUGACAUAUCAGAUGUUGUUCUGGAGCCGAAGGAUAGUCAGGACUUUUCUCCCGCAGACUAAAUGAUGGUCCUUUCUCCUGCAAAAUAACAAUAACACAUUCCAAAAACAAAAUUAUUCAAUAAGUUACUCAUUGU